UGAGGGACCCAAAACAAUGAAAUCUGUUAUUUUGCUCUUCCUGGUCACAGCUCCGUGGGCUAAAAGAGCGAACUCCUUGGAAUGCUUCAUCUGCAACUCCACAAAAUACACCGGUUGUGACACUGUUGAAAACUGCACUGCCAAAGAACGUUUCUGCACCAGGUUCACAGCCACAACCAUAUCCGGCUUCCUGAUCAUGCAGUCCUGUGCUACUGUGUGCCCCAUCGCUAGAAGAAGAUGGCCGCCCCAGUACACGUUCAUGUGCUGCCAAACCGACGGAUGCAACCACGCAAGCGGCGUGACCAGCUACGGAACUCUUCUCGCAAUAGCCGCAUUCGCUAGCUUGGUUAGAGCUUUGGUUGCCCUGGGACUCUGAGGGAGCCGGCCGGCGGAAAGAAAAGGAACCAGUGUGUGCGGAAGCGUCAAGACCUAUAUUUCCCAUCCAGGUUUUAAUCAUGGCACCCCAAGGACCGUCCCCCCCCCCCGGCUAGUGUCAGAUCUUUAUUGGUUCUUUUCUGAACUGUGUCCCCUUGAGCGGAACUUUUGAGGAAUGGAAGUAACUCUGGUGUUCCGCGGGCAUUCUGUGCCAUUCCAUGCAAAUUGGAAGCCCGCCAGUACAUAUUGGGAGCACGGGGGUCCCUGUGGGUCUUUCCGUCCUUGGGGUCAACAUCUCAGUUUAAUGUUUUAAUGUUCAAAUGUUUUAACAUUUUCAUCCUCUCCGCCCUGGGGAGUCUAAGCAAGCAGAAAGGUGCCAUGAAAAUGGUUCAACUCAAUAAAUAACAGGAAAACGAGAAAGAGUUAUCCAUAAAUGUACAGUUCAAAGUAGUGAGGAUCCAAAACACUAUGGUUUACUAUGUAACUUCAGAUUCCAAUAAAUACAUUUGUUACAGAAUGUCU